AUGGCUCAAACCAUGUUGCUGAUGUCUAGUGUUCCUGCUAGCUAUGCCAUUGAUCUGAAGAGAGACACUAUGAUCCAACUACAGAACCAAAUAUCAAAGCCUAAGUUCUCUCAAUAUAUCUUCUUCAAUCCACUACCUUCAUCUCCUACAUUUACAACCUUUGCCCUCUACAAAACUAAGACCAAGGCCCCUCUCAGCAAGGUUGUGAAGUCCAAUCCAAAGCCGAAGGUUGAAGAUGGUGUUUUUGGCACUUCUGGAGGGUUUGGUUUCACUAAGCAGAAUGAACUAUUUGUUGGUCGUGUUGCUAUGCUUGGUUUUGCUGUGAGUCAUACUUAUAGUUAA